GCCUAAGGUCAUCCAGUGAGUUAAUGGGAGACCCGCGACUAGAAUGCAAAUGUUCCUAAGCUUCAGCAGCUGUUUGCUUUUCACCACACUGCCUCCUGCGGGAAACUUGACAGCUGCCAUGUCCACGCAGAGACUUCGGAAUGAAGACUACCACGACUACAGCUCCACGGACGUGAGCCCCGAGGAGAGCCCGUCAGAAGGCCUCAACAACCUCUCCUCCCCGGGCUCCUACCAGCGCUUUGGUCAAAGCAACAGCACAACAUGGUUCCAGACCUUGAUCCACCUGUUAAAAGGCAACAUUGGCACAGGACUCCUGGGACUCCCUCUGGCGGUGAAAAAUGCAGGCAUCGUGAUGGGUCCCAUCAGCCUGCUGAUCAUAGGCAUCGUGGCCGUGCACUGCAUGGGUAUCCUGGUGAAAUGUGCUCACCACUUCUGCCGCAGGCUGAAUAAAUCCUUUGUGGAUUAUGGUGAUACUGUGAUGUAUGGACUAGAAUCCAGCCCCUGCUCCUGGCUCCGGAACCACGCACAUUGGGGAAGACGUGUUGUGGACUUCUUCUUGAUUGUCACCCAGCUGGGAUUCUGCUGUGUCUAUUUUGUGUUUCUGGCUGACAACUUUAAACAGGUGAUAGAAGCAGCCAAUGGGACCACCAAUAACUGCCACAACAAUGAGACGGUGAUUCUGACACCCACCAUGGACUCACGACUCUACAUGCUCUCCUUCCUGCCCUUCCUGGUGCUGCUGGUUUUCAUCAGGAACCUCCGAGCUCUGUCCGUCUUCUCUCUGUUGGCCAACAUCACCAUGCUGGUCAGCUUGGUCAUGAUCUACCAGUUCAUUGUUCAGAGGAUCCCAGACCCCAGCCACCUCCCCUUGGUGGCCCCCUGGAAGACCUACCCUCUCUUCUUUGGCACAGCGAUUUUUUCAUUUGAAGGCAUUGGAAUGGUUCUGCCCCUGGAAAACAAAAUGAAGGAUCCUCGGAAGUUCCCACUCAUCCUAUACCUGGGCAUGGUCAUCGUCACCAUCCUCUACAUCAGCCUGGGGUGUCUAGGGUACCUGCAAUUUGGAGCUAAUAUCCAAGGCAGCAUAACCCUCAACCUGCCCAACUGCUGGUUGUACCAGUCAGUUAAGCUGCUGUACUCCAUCGGGAUCUUUUUCACCUACGCGCUCCAGUUCUACGUCCCGGCUGAGAUCAUCAUCCCCUUCUUUGUGUCCCGAGCGCCCGAGCACUGUGAGUUAGUGGUGGACCUGUUUGUGCGCACAGUGCUGGUCUGCCUGACAUGCAUCUUGGCCAUCCUCAUCCCCCGCCUGGACCUGGUCAUCUCCCUGGUGGGCUCCGUGAGCAGCAGCGCCCUGGCCCUCAUCAUCCCACCGCUCCUGGAGGUCACCACCUUCUACUCAGAGGGCAUGAGCCCCCUCACCAUCUUCAAGGAUGCCCUGAUCAGCAUCCUGGGCUUCGUGGGCUUUGUGGUGGGGACCUAUGAGGCUCUCUAUGAGCUGAUCCAGCCAAGCAAUGCUCCCAUCUUCAUCAAUUCCACCCGUGCCUUCAUAUAGGAAUCUGGGUUUGUCUCUGCAGCUGCCUACCCCUGCCCUGUGUGUCCCCUGUUACCUGUCCUCAGAGCCUCAGGUAUGGUCCAGGCUCUGAGGAAAGUCAGGGUUGCUGUGUGGGAACCCCUCUGCCUGGCACCUGGAUACCCUGGGCCAGGUACUCUGAGGGCAGGGGAGAGGUAGGGUGGCAGACACACAGAAGUGCCACUAGUGACAGGGCUGCCAUCGCUCACUUGUACCUAUUUACACCCAGAACUUUCCAGCUCCCCCUCAUCAUGCCUCCUCCUUCCUACCUGCCUGCCCCCUGCUAGUGCACCUCACCCAACUCAUUCUUACUGCACAGUUCACUUUAUUUAACAUUUUUAGUGUCCCCCACCUCAUGUUUUCACCUUUUCUGGGCCAGGCAUAGAUUAACUGGGAACGCCCCCUCUUUAUAAAGCUGGGCUGCUUUCUCAUCUCUCUCCCAAAUGUUGUAUCUCGGUAUUCUUCCUAUUCGAGUGUCCAGGGGGUGGCUGGACCUACCUGGUCAUUUGAAACAGGCCCCCCAAGCUGGAGUUUUUAAUCUUGACUCUCUGGCUUGCUGUGACCCUCAAGGCAAUGCUUCUCUUCCCUGGAUUCCUUAAUGUGGGUCACAGUACUGUAUUCUUCGUUGCUUUAGCUCUUAAAACAUAUGAAGUGUUGCCUAAACUGAAAAUAUUUAUCUUUUAUUUAAAAUCAGAUUUUUGUUUUUAGACUGUCUUAGAUCUGGGGCUAUUACGAAUCACUUCUUCUUCAGUAAAUUUUGACUCGACUUCUGCUGAAAAGAAGCUUGCUCCAGGAGAUGUCUGCAUGGGUCCUCUGCACUCUUGGCUGAGGACUCAAAGGUUUUAAUCAGGAUCAUCUAAAAAUGUACCUCGGUGAGGAGGCACAGAUUUUGCCUCUUGUUGACCAGCCUGGUUUUAUACCAAAAAGACAUUGAAGGACUGCAGAAAUGUAUGGGUGCACUGGGCCGAGGGAAGGGUGGCUGAGUGAGAGGCGUAUAAAAUGGGGCUGUGUGUGUGCAGGCCCAUGUUUCAGCCUCAGCCCAUGCCAGGUGAAAGGAUCAGCAGUGCUCAGUUGCCAUCGUGCUGGGACGACACCCGCUCUAUUGCCACCAAUGAGUAGCUGAGGUCAGUGUGCACAGAGUUUGAAAUUAAGUUAAUAGACUUUACAGCAGCUGGUCUGACACUACGUGCAGUGCUUGGUUGUUUACAAUCAGUGGGGAAUAGGGCAGAACCAAGUGCCCAGACCCACACUGCCUCUGUGGCCUGGACUUUGAAAGGAACCACUGAACACUAAUUAUGAGCCCUGUCUUUCCCCCAGAAUGCCUCCCUGGGUUUCGCAAACAGCCUUGAGGUUGGCUCUCCUCAAGGUCAGCCUUCAGAUUUGGGAACAAACUUCAGAGAAGGCAGAGGAAGCUACAUUGCCUUGCUGUGGGCUGCCUCUUCUUUCCUCUUGGUGUGCGAAGUAUUUCAGAAGGCCAUUGAUGAAUUCCCCCUCCUUAGCUGUGUAUGUGUGCAUGUGUGUGUGUACGUGCGUGUGUGUGUGUUCCUGUGUAAGUAACAGACCAGACUCCUUUUCUCUUCUGUCCUGUCACCAGGCUCUUGUUUCACUGCAGUUACAGUUCGCUCUGAAAGUUGGUUGAAGGAGAGCAGCAAAAAUGUAUCAGGGGUUUUGCUUCUGUAUUUCACCAAAGCUCAUAACGGCUGUGACCCACCCACAUGGCCCCAGUUUUUUCUGUCUCUUCUGUUCCAAAGCCAGGAGAGCUGACUUCCAGGUGCAGGGAUGGGAAAGGUGGACUCUCAUUGUAGUGACUCCCAACCUACCUAAUAAUUUGUUAACUUAGGAACAUGCCAUCAUUGUUGACUUGUUCUUCCUUAGGAGAAGGAUGCUUUUCACCCACCCUUUCUGUUCUAUGGUGGACUCUUAACAGGUGCUAUGUGACCAAGAAUCUAGCUGGGAGUCGCAGAGGCCCUGUCUUCUGAAGUCUCAGGCUUAGAAGUUACCAAAGUGGGCUCAGAAACUGUCAUCUCCUGGUUCCAAGUUCAGGCUCUGGCAGCCCAGCCACUAUCUUAGCUGUCUUCCCCAGCGGUGCUAAGAGUGGUCUCAGUGAGAAGGUAGAUGCCAACUGGAAGGCCAGACCUGUGUCUUGCCCAUGUCCUCCUUGGUGGACGUUUCUGUUUACUCAGAGCUGCUAGAGGCCAUCCUGCCCAGCCGAGUUCUGAGAUUGGGACUGUGAUGUUGGGACCUGAGGACUGGAUGGUAGAAUACUGGGGUCCCCCAGCUCUUAGCAAGAUGCAGGCUAUUGCUUCCACACCUCUGGCCGUGAGAACAUGGUAUGUAGGAGAGUUGGCUGUAGCUUUAGGAUUUCUGGAAGCCAAUUUGGCAUGGCCUGUUUGAUCUCUGGCUUGUGCUCCUGCUACACUGACAGACUGAUUGCGUGGCUCUUUCAGAAGACCCAGGAAGGGCAGCUUCAGCCAGAGGACCUUCCUGGCUAUGCAGGUGCACGGCUCUUAGGCAUCAAGCAAAGGGUCAGCCAGUCAGUAGUAGUGGGAGGAAGCCCUUCCUCCUCUUAUGCAAGCAGCUCGCAUCCAGCCCAGAAUCUCUUAUGCAGCCCAAAGGGCUUCUUGAGGCAGAGAACCCUCCCCGGUGUCUUCCCAGGAUAAGUAGAAAUAUGAUCACAGAGCAACGGAGCAAAGGCUUUCACGAGUGUGAGGCUGCAUCUGCUGGAGCAAAGGGAAACCGUGGGCUUUUCUGGCCAGGUACUCUUGAGCUCUGUGACCCUGCUCCUGUCACCCCAAUUUCCCCAAGCCAGAGGUAGCUUUCUCAGAACCCCUUGGUGGUUCUCUCCUCCAAAUGCUGCUGUUGGGAGCAGGCUUCCAGCUCUCAGUGGGCAGUGCACCUCCUCCUAAAUGCAGACACUUGCUAGGAAGAGUGUGAGCUGGCAUCUUCUGUUCACUCUGCCUAGCAGUUGUCACCAUUCACAAGUGGCAUUAUUUAUGUUGUGCUGCUGUCCAGCUGCUAAGAUCCCUUCAUCUGCACAAGCCCUGGCUAGAUAUGUGUGAAUGUGUGGCAUCAUUUCACUUCAGCCGCCCUCUUCCAUCUCUCCUCUGUAGCCAGAUUCACUGGCUGAUGCUCACCGUUCACUGUCUACCCCACGAAAUUUAGUUUUUUCAGUAGUCUUAAAGUGUUGAUCCCAAACAAGUACAUUAGAAAAAUCAUGUUUCUUCUCUCUCAUCUUACUUUUCACUUCUCAGAUUUCUCCCUUCCUAGAACAUUAUCUCUGUUUAGCACUAAUGUUCACCUCAUAUUUUUUGGAAGUGCAAAAAUCUCAAUUUAUGUCUGUUUACAGCUCUCUGUCCUCACUGCUCACAGCAAGGGGUUCUGUAUCAGUGGAUUUUAUUUUGUAGCUGCUGAGAUGUUAAGGCAAGCCUCAGCAUCUGCCCCCGUUGGGUCCACAAUGCUGCUUCCUCAAAGAGAAGACACAGAGUCCAAGUGGCAGGACUUGAGGUUGGCUUCCACUCUGCCUUAGAAGUUAAUUUUCCAAAGUACAUUACAAAUCUCUGAGGCCAUUAGGGGAAAAGGAAGGGGUGUGGUUUGUCUUUGCAAUUACGGUGAAUACUUGUAGACAAUAAGUCCAGCUGGUUGCAGGGCUAUUUGCCCUGACAGCAUCAGCCUGUAACAUUUCUUCUCUUUCCUUUGUGCCACUGAGUCGUUCCCUGGCCAGAGGACAUAAAUGGUGCUGAUAGGAGGUUAUCAGAGUAAGGAAGGUAGGAGAUAUAGGUGCAGGGUGCCUGUCAUUCACUGUGUUAUUUGGUUUAAAUCAAAGUGAUUCUGGGGAAGCUAUGUUCUUUCAGUGGAUAACAAAAUUGGUAACUCUAUUGUAAAACAUGUCAAUGGUAUGUGAAGAAAAAUCAACCAAUCAGUAGGUGUUGAUAACUAGACAGUACUGUGUAUGUUAUGUGCCUGUGUGGAUGUGCACUUCUGGCAUGGUAUGUGUAGCGAUGUGGAUCAUGCCGGAGUUCAUAGAUCCUGUUUUGGGGUUUGCACAUGGAUCAUAUGUUAAGCUUUUUCUUUUCAAUAAAUGAAUUUUAUUUUUUAUUUUUGAGAGGUUGCUGUCUGUAUCUUUGUUUUUUUUUCUUUUUAUACCACUCAGAUCCCUUUACUAGAUACUGGGUUAAAUGUUUCCGGCUUAUGCCACAGAGUUCAUUUGGGAAAGUGGCACAAGCAGUAGACCCAUCCAUGGAAUUAAGAGUUGCCCAAGAAGAAACAGACCAGGAAUGGUUUUUAAUUUUUUUUCUGUUAGACAAUCCUCCCCUCCCUAAACCUCCUCCUGCUUCUCUGGAAAACUUGAGUAAGAAUUUUCAGUCCUCUCCUUGCAUAGCAGAUGAGCCCACACGACAGCCAGUUUUAUAUGUGUCAACUUAUAAUUCAGUCAAACACUAAUCCAGGUGUUGCUGCGAAGGUAUUUUGUAAAUGUGGUUAACAUCUACCAUCAGUUGCCUUUAAGUAAAAUAGGUUUUCUCAGUAUUGUGGGUGGGCCACAUCCAAUCAGUAUAGAGCAAAGCUGAGGUUUCCUUGGAGAAGAAAUUCUGCCUCAAGACUGCAGCAUCAGCUCCUACCUACAGGCCUGCCCUAUGACUCGCAGACUUGCCGGCUCACACGGUCAUGGGAGCCAGUUCCUUGAUCUCGCUCUCUCUCAGUCUCUCUAUGUGUAUCUAUAUUCACGUGUGUGUGUGUGUGUAUGUGUAUAUAUAUCUCCUACUGGCUUUGUUUCUCUGAAGAAACCUGACACAACAGGUAACACUUAAUUUUCUUGAAAUGUGGAGAUUAAUUUGAGGACAGGACAAUGGAAGAGAUGACACCCCUUCCCUUCCUUUUUUGUCACUGAGUAGGAAAACACAUUUAAGGCUUAAAAUGUUUAUUCUGUCACUCAAUACAUUUCCCCGCCCCCCAAAAUACUUGAGAAUUUGUUCCCACAGCAAGCAUACAAUCAGUUCUGUGGCAAACACUAGCCAGGUGUGCUCCAAUUCAAUUCUGACACUACCUGCCCGAAGAUGGCAUCAGAUCCCACAGGAUGAGGGCUCAGUCCCCAAGAGUGACACCCCCCACCACCACCACUUCCAGUGCCAAUUGCAAGUACCAGGUUGUUUACCUGUGCUUCUGACUGGCUAAAAAUUUUAAAUCAGGGUUCCCAUGACUCUGUUUUGGGGUUCGAUUAAUUUGCUAGAGUAGCUCAUAGAACUCAGGAAAAUACAUUUACCAGUAUAAGUUUAAAAACAGAGCCUUCAAAGAACACUCUUAAAGUAUAACAUUUUACCAAGACAGGAAGGUGGGCAUGUAGUCUGACUAUUUUCAUUGUCAUUAUCAUUUCUGGAACAGGAAGGUCAAAGAGAUUUAGCAGCUAUGCCCAGCCACCAACUAGUAGGUAGCAGCAUUGGGAUACACACACAAGUCUUCUGGUUCUAGAACCUGAGUGCUUCCCAGGGUGCUGGCUGCCUGUCUGUUGCAGCCUCAAGAGGGAGGUUUGCCUUGGGAAUUGUCGCGAGGGUUAGAGAGAAUGUUGUAAAGUGCCAUAUGUCGUAAUCGCAAAGGGCUUAUUAAACAUUUUCUGAAAUAUUAGCUGACUUGUAGAAAACCAGGACUCCAAAGUACUUCUGCUUGUUGUUCUGGCUGUCCAUCCAUGCACUGAUGUCUUGCUCACUUCCUCUGUGGAGGGCACUCUCCUCUUUUAGGUUGUCUACCUCCUGAAUUUUUUAUUUCUGCUCACAUUUAUACCUAAUGGCUGUAACCCCUUCUUCCAGAAAGCCAGGGCCCUCAGGUAAGCCCAUUGCAUUACUGCAUUACUACUGGAGGCAUAAACCUGAGUGACAGUGGACUGAAUUUGGACCCUAAGCCUGGGGCUCUUUGCUAUGUAGGUUGCCUUCCUUAUACUUAGCCCAUUGCAGUUGUGCUGAGGAACUAUGUGUGUCUUUAAUGGGUAUGCUUUACUAGACCCUUGGCCAUUGGUCUCCUUUUUAAAAAAAUGGAGUAUAAUUUACAUGUAAUUAAAUUUAAAUUUACCUUUUUCAAAUGUGCAGUUCAAUGUGUUUUGCAUACAGUCAUGUGACCACCAUCUCAAUCAAGAUAUAAAAUGUUUCCUUUGCCCCCAGAAGGUCCCUUGUGCCGCUUUGCAAUCAAUCCCAUCCUUACACCACUGAGCCCUUGGCAACUGCUAAUCUGUUUUAUCUGUCUCCAGUUUUGUCUUUUCUAGAAUGUCAUAUAAAACCAUUACAUAUGUAGCUCUUUGUGUCUGGUUUCUUUCACUUAACAUAAUCAUCCUUUUUAUAUUCCUCCGUGUUGUUACAUGUAUCCGUAAUUGGUUCUUUUUAUUGCUGAGUAGUAUGUAUUGCGUGGAUGAACCAUAAUUUGUUUAUCCAUUCAUUAGUUGAUAGUCUUUGAGGUUGCUUCAAAUUUUUAGCUAUUAUGGCUUAUGUUAUUUUAAUGUAAAUUUCUGGUAAACAAUUUAGAAACUGCCUCUUCUUUCUUCCUUUAAAACUCACUUCUAACUGCUGCUUAUCAGAGUAUGUUAUGAGGGCAGCUUGAAUCUGUGCUCCCCAGUAGCCAUUCUCAAGUUUUGGACUCAAAUAUACUCUAUAUUUAAUUAUAAAAAAAUUACUAUUAUGAAUAAAGCUGCUAUAAAUACUCAUGUACAGGUCUUUGUGUAGACCUAUGUUUUUAUUUCUCUUGGGUAAAUACCUAGAGGUGAAAUGAUGGGGUCGUAUGGGAAAUGUGUGCUAACUUUUGGCAAAUUAUUUUCCAAAGUGGCCAUUCCCUGUUGGAUUCCUAAUGUAUAACAGUUACAGUUGCUCCAUAUCUUCACCAAUACUUAAUAUUGUGGUCUUUUAAAUUUUAGCCCUUCUAAUAGGUGUGAAGUGGCAUCUCAUUGCAGUUUUAAUUUGCAUUUCCCCAAUGACUAGUGAUGGUUUGCACCUCUUUACGUGCUUAUUGGCCUAUCUUCUUUAAGGAAGUAUUUGUUCAAAUAUUUUGCCUCCUAAAAUUCAGUCAUCUACUUCUUUUGAUAUAGGUUUUUUAUUGGGAAAUAAUUGUAGAUUACAGGAAGAUUCAAAGGCAUGGGAGGGAGGUCCAGGUCCAGAGCACUCUUCAGCUGGGCUUCCCAGUGUUAACAUCUUACAUAACUGUAGUACAUUAUUAAAACCAGGAAAUUGACAUUAGCACAAUCCAUAGAGCUGAUUCAGAUUUCGUUAGUUAUACUCAUUUGUGUGUGUGUGUUUGUGUAUAGCUGUAUGCAAUUUUAUCGUGAGUAGCUUUGUAUACACCACCACCACAAUCUAGAUGCCUAACUGUACCAUCACCUCAAGACUCCUUUAUGCUACCCCUUUAUAGAUACCCACUCCCUUCAGUCCCCCAACAUCCCUAACCUUCCCCAGAAGCCACGAAUCUGUUCUUCAUCUCUAUAAGUUUAUUCAUGAAAUUAAUAAUAAUUCGAUAAAUUGAAUUAUGCUAUAUGUAUCUUUUUGGGAUUGGCUUCUUUCACUCAGUAUAGUUUCCUUGAUGUUCAUCUAAGUUGUUGCAUUUAUCAAUAGUUUGUUUCUUUUUAUUGCUGAGUAGGGUUCCAUGGUACUGAUGUUUAACCAUUCACUCACUGAAACAAAUGUGCAGUUUCCAGAUUUGGUUAUUACAAAUAAAGUACUAUAAAUAUUUGUGCAAUUGUUCCUGCCUGAAAAUAAGUUUUAAUUUCUCUGGGAUAUAUGCCCAGAAGCCCAACUGCUGAAUUGUAUGGUGAUAUGGUUUGGCUCAAAUCUCAUCUUGAAUUUCCACAUGUUGUGGGAGGAACCCGGUGGGAGGUGACUGAUUUGCGGGGGCAGGUCUUUCUUGCGCUGUUCUUGUGAUAGUGAAUAAGUCUCACGAGAUCUGAUGGUUUUAAAAAGGGGAGUCUCCCUGCACAAACUCUUUCUCUGUUUGCCUGCCGCCAUCCGCUUAAGAUGUGACCUGCUCCUCCUUGCCUUCCGCCAUGAUUGUGAGGCCUCCGCACUAUGUGGAACUGUAAAUCCAAUUAAACCUCUUUCUUUUGUAAAUUG